GGUGGCCGUUUCCAAAUGGCUGAGGGUUUACUGUCAAUCCUGCGUAAACUGAAAAGCACCCCAGACCAGGAGGUGAGAAUCCUCCUCUUGGGACUGGAUAAUGCAGGCAAGACCACACUCCUGAAACAGCUGGCAUCUGAGGACAUCAGCCACAUCACGCCAACACAGGGUUUUAACAUCAAAAGUGUACAGUCUCAAGGCUUCAAGCUGAACGUAUGGGACAUAGGUGGACAGAGGAAGAUCAGGCCGUACUGGAGGAACUAUUUUGAAAACACCGAUAUCCUUAUCUAUGUCAUUGACAGUGCAGAUAGGAAGAGGUUUGAAGAAACGGGUCAGGAGCUGGCUGAGCUUUUGGAUGAAGAAAAGCUUAGUGGAGUCCCAGUGCUCAUAUUCGCUAACAAGCAGGAUUUGCUGACGGCUGCCCCUGCUUCGGAGAUUGCUGAGGGACUGAACCUACACACAAUCCGGGACAGAGUCUGGCAGAUCCAGUCUUGUUCAGCUCUUUCAGGAGAGGGAGUACAGGACGGCAUGAAUUGGGUGUGCAAAAAUGUCAAUGCUAAGAAGAAAUAAAGCGUUCUGAGCUGCAUGGAAAUGGAGGAGCGGUGGGAGCAGAAUUCUAGCCUGAAAACACUAAUUUGCUGCUUUCUGACCAAAUGUUUUUCCAUCUGUGCACAGCUACAGCUGUUAAAAGAAAAAAAAAAAAAAAAAAAAAAAAAAAAAAAAAAAGAGAGAGAAAAAAAAGGGAACAACAUCGGUUAAAACCUACUGCUGGAUUUGGAACUUGACCUGCUCUUUAGUAUCGUUUUUUAUCCCAAUAAAGGAAUUGUGUAUUUCCUCCCUAUGUAUAAAUAGUAUUAAAUGUCUGAUUAGCAAGCAAGUUUGUAACCAGAAGCAGGACUGUGAUUCAGUCUGGAGCAGAGGGAGUGGUGAGUUACUGUAGUUACUUAGAUGCAUCAUAGGGCCUGCCCUAUACCUGCGGGUUCGCAGUUGCUGAGGACACGCUCAGGUGUCAGUCACAGCUUCCCCUCCGUGACAGAUAAAAUGCGGUUGUGUUACCAGUUGUGGGUAGUUUCUUAAAAUAAAGCUGCUAAGGAGUCAUUUGUGUAAUGAGGGUAGAAGACUUCCACAUAUUCCUAUAGCCAUAAAAGAGGAGUUUGAUCAUAGCGAGGCACUGUUGCAUUGCGACACCGCUGUAGAAGGGAGAGACGGGUUAUAUGUGUAUAAUUGAAGCUCUUUACAGUUGGAAUAAUGCAGGAUGAGCGUGCCUAGGGCUUUUCUCGCAGCUGAAGGAGAAUUUAGCCCAGCAUUUCACCUUGAGCCAGCAAAAAUGUGGUUCCUGUGUUCAGUAAAUUCCAUAUAUGAGAUUAGUCUUGAUGUUGAACAAUCCCUGUUGAUUUUCCCUUGAUGUUAAGGCAACUCCGCAGCAAAAUGCAAUUAAGUCCAUGAUUACUUUCUAGAAUGAGAUACCAGGUCCCAGGUUUCCUUUUUGAAAUGUGCAAAAUAUAUUCUCCUACCUCCCUUCCUCAGCAGGCCUUGCCUAGCCCUCUGAGGGCCUUGGGGACUGCCCUGUGGCGGGCUGGCUGCCCAGGGUCUGGGGUCCCCCCAGCCCAGAGCUGGCUGUGGGUUGCCCUGGUGAAGAGUGAGGAGCCUGAUAAACAGCAGAUGGGAAGCGUUCUUUAAAAUGAGGAUUCAUUCUUCCCUGAACUGGCCUUCCUCUAAAAGGAUGCAGUUGCUGAAAUAGGAAAGAGAAUUGUUUUCCACCUCCUCAUCCCUGAUUCAAACCUAGCUCCAGCUGAUAGUGAGCAGGAGUCAUUAGCACGCCAAAGCAGCCAUGUCCUGCAUGAAGUGAGCUUGGUGACUCCUGGGCCAGCUUCUAAUGCACAGAUGGUAAAAUAAUCCCCCUGCCCUGCUUGCCAGCUUUGUUUGCUGCCUGCCUGUGAAAGGCCAGAGAAUGACUAGGGACUGCAUUACCCCUUCCACCUCUUGGAGACGGACCGGCGGCAGUAUGGGAAGAGCUUCAUGUACUAAAGCAUGUGGCUUUACCACGCGUCAGCGAGUUGACUCAUGGACCCAGGCGGACGGCUGACACCCCUGGAGCUCCCAGCUCUUCGCUCCUCCCUUCCCCUGGACGUCCCCACCUCACAGCUGAAACAUCUGCACUGUACGUGAAGCAGCCCCUGGCUGCCUACGUGUUGCAGCCCAGCAGAUUAAAAUCAUCUGGGGCUGAUUCUGGGUCCCCCCAUACAUCGGGACGUACAGUAGCAGUUCAGGGGUUGAUCUGCAUGUAGUUCAGCUGUCUUUCUGUGGCUGGGGGCAGAGGGACAGCUGGGAUAGCAACUGCUUCAGCAAUCCAACUUUAAUCUGCCUGCGUCGGUGAGUCAGCACCCUCUGAGUGCAUCUGUCUCCAUCACGGAGGCAGGACAUGCAUGCCAUAGUAGUACAGCCUUGCUUUAAAAACCAGACAACUGGAGAGAGGGGGAAGAGCAGCCUCAAGUGAGCUGUUAAGCAAUCGCUAAUGACACGAAGUGACACAGCCCCAGCUUUGCAUGGAUUGAGUAAGGAGUCAUAAGAUGAGGAGAGAUGUUCAGUAACUCCCCAGCUGCAGUGGCUUAUCAGGAACCCUAGGAAUGUGAGCACUGCAUGUUCCUGGGCCAGCCCAAGGAGGAGAAAUGCAUGCCAGCAGUUCCUUGCAAUUAAUGCAUUUGACUGAUGCAAGGACUGUAAAGAAUUGCAGCCCUUUCUUGUAGGCACAGUUUGCGCUGGCUGAGUGGCAGAGAUUUGUGACAUACUCCCUAGCUUUGGAUUUGCCUGCACUGCAUGCCAGAUGCAGUGUGAAAUGCUUGGGUACCCCUCCUCUGGUCCUGUCAGGACAGAAAGCCCCCUUAGGGGCUCAGGCAUUGAUCCUUCUCACUUGCAAGGGAGUCGAGUUGGAGCUUCCCUACUGGCUCCCUACUUUUCUACCAGUGGCACGCUUACCCUGUGACACCCUACCUGUGC